GCUCUGAACCGCGAGCCGCCGUGAGCUCUCGGAUUCCAGCCGGCGCCAGCGAGCCCGGGGGCAUCGCCCGCAGCGGCCAAGCUCAUGGCCGGCUGAGCGGGACGCCGCCUCCGCCUCAGCCGCCGCCGCCGCCGCCGCCGCCUCCUCCUCCUCAGCCGGCGGCGGCCCGGGCCCAGCAGCCAUGGCCGAAGACUACUGGGACGGGCGCCUGCGGCGAACUGGAGGAGAAGGAGGUCGCGCGGCCUCAGCCCGGGCCGCCGCCCCAGGCGCCACCGCGCCGGCCCCGCGGCACUGAGGUUGCUCGCGCGCCCCCGCCGGUCGCCAUGGAUCGGAUGAAGAAGAUCAAACGGCAGCUGUCAAUGACACUCCGAGGGGGCCGAGGUAUAGAUAAGACCAAUGGUGCCCCUGAACAGAUAGGCCUGGAUGAGAGUGGCGGGGGCGGCGGCAGUGACCUUGGAGAGGCCCCCACACGUGCUGCCCCUGGGGAACCUCGCUCUGUACGGGGCCCACUCAGCUCUGCACCAGAGAUUGUGCAUGAGGACUUGAAGAUGGGGUCUGACGGGGAAAGUGACCAGGCUUCAGCCACGUCCUCCGAUGAGGUGCAGUCACCAGUGAGGGUGCGCAUGCGCAACCAUCCCCCACGCAAGAUCUCCACUGAGGACAUCAACAAGCGCCUAUCACUACCAGCCGACAUCCGGCUGCCUGAGGGCUACCUUGAGAAGCUGACCCUCAACAGCCCCAUCUUUGACAAGCCCCUCAGCCGCCGUCUCCGCCGUGUCAGCUUGUCUGAGAUCGGCUUUGGGAAACUGGAGACCUACAUCAAGCUGGACAAGCUGGGAGAGGGUACCUAUGCCACUGUCUACAAAGGCAAAAGCAAGCUCACAGACAACCUUGUGGCACUCAAGGAGAUCAGACUGGAACACGAAGAGGGGGCACCCUGCACCGCCAUCCGGGAAGUGUCCCUGCUCAAGGACCUCAAACACGCCAACAUCGUCACGCUACAUGACAUUAUUCACACGGAGAAGUCCCUCACCCUUGUCUUUGAGUACCUGGACAAGGACCUGAAGCAGUACCUGGAUGACUGUGGGAACAUCAUCAACAUGCACAACGUGAAACUGUUCCUGUUCCAGCUGCUCCGUGGCCUGGCCUACUGCCACCGGCAGAAGGUGCUACACCGAGACCUCAAGCCACAGAACCUACUCAUCAAUGAGCGAGGAGAGCUCAAGCUGGCUGACUUCGGCCUGGCCCGGGCCAAGUCAAUUCCAACGAAGACCUACUCCAACGAGGUGGUAACACUGUGGUACCGGCCCCCUGACAUCCUGCUCGGGUCCACGGACUACUCCACUCAGAUUGACAUGUGGGGUGUGGGCUGCAUCUUCUAUGAGAUGGCCACAGGCCGGCCCCUCUUCCCAGGCUCCACAGUGGAGGAGCAGCUGCACUUCAUCUUCCGCAUCUUGGGAACCCCAAAUGAAGAUACGUGGCCAGGCAUCCUGUCCAAUGAAGAGUUCAGGACAUACAACUACCCCAAGUACCGAGCCGAGGCCCUUUUGAGCCAUGCACCCCGAGUUGACAGCGACGGGGCUGACCUCCUCACCAAGCUGCUGCAGUUUGAAGGUCGCAAUCGGAUCUCCGCAGAGGAUGCCAUGAAACAUCCAUUCUUCCUCAGUCUGGGGGAUCGGAUCCACAAACUUCCUGACACUACUUCCAUAUUUGCACUAAAGGAGAUCCAGCUACAAAAGGAGGCCAGCAUUCGAUCUUCGUCCUUGCCUGACUCAGUUGCUGGUGGACAGCGUGGCCGUGCCAGCCUCCCACACUGAAGCCAGGCCUAGACCUCUCCCCAUCAUACCCUCCCCCAGGACCACUACCCCAUGGCCAUCCAGGGGUCUGGAGCUAGCCCAGGCUGGGGAUCUCAACUCAGACAAGACAUGGUGAUGCCUUGGGUCUGAGGCUCCCCUUCCUGCUUUCCUGCCUCAUGUUGUGUGGGCCUUGUUUGUUUGUUUCAUUCAUUGUUGUUUUUUUAAUUAUUUUAAAUGAGGUUUUCAUUUUUUAAAUGCAAUAUCUCUGUAUACAGACUGCUGGGCCCCACUCACUGUGUGUGGCCCUCCCACAGUAUUUUGUGCAAUGAAGCCCUGCUCCCAGCCUUUUCAUGGCAGGGACAUAGCCCCUCUUCAGAACCCUGAUCAUCACCAGACCCUGGGGUCAGCUAAGGGAAAGCAUGCCUUGACAACUCGCCUUCCAACCCCCACCUGCCAUCCCCAGCCACAGGGGGACUUGGGGACUACUGGAGACUCUCUGGGAGAUGGAUGAGGUGGGGGGCCCCCACUCUUUCCCUCCUGCAGUCCCAUAGCUGGGGCUUCCUUCUCAGGGUCUCCCUAGCCCAGCCCUCCUGCCCCCAUCCCUCACGGUGCUGUUGAGUAGGGGCCCUGCCAGGAACUGACCAACUCAGCAAUGGAGCCAUAGUGUAUAUAUGCGCACAAGCAGGGACAGAGGGGUGCAUGGGAGGUUGUGCCCAGGCAUUACCCCAUAACCUCUGGGAAAAGUGAGACAGGGCAGGGACAGUCUCUGGGGUCAAUUCCCAGAUGGGUGGUUACCUUCCCUUCCUCCACUCUA